AGAGAAAGGAACAACCUUUCAGGAGGAGGGGGUGGGGGUCCUCCUCUGCAAAGGCAAACGAUCCAGACACAUGCAUACACACCCACACACACACACAUACACACACACACACACACUCAGUCAUAAUGUAACAAUGAAGGCCAAGACACCGUGAUAACUGAUGGAGAAAUAAAACGUGAGAGACAACAGAAUCAAUUGAAAUCAUCUCUGCUCACAGCAGAAAAAGAGAGUAAGGAACCAAGCAGAGAGAAAAUGAGCAGACAGACAAACAGACAGAUGGAGACACACAAAAAUAACUAGACGAAUGUACACGCUGUGGAGGCACAACCCUUUUAUUAAUCCUGAUGGGGAAGGUUUCAGGCACAGCACUGAGAGUGAGUUGCUCUGCUUGUGAAGUCAAAAGAAAAAGAAUUUUCGUUUGGGAGGUAAAGUUGAGGAAAAAAAAGACAGGCAAUCGUUAAACCAAAAGUGUUGGCUUAUAGAAAGGGAAAGAUGUCGGCAGCCAAGGCGCAGUGCCUGAUAAGAGUUUAUACACAGUUGAAUACAGCGCUGUUACUCAGUGCAGGGUGCUGAGAACUGGCCCACAUGAGAAGUAAACAGCACGGACUGACUGUGACACUUACAAGCCAUGCAUCAGGGAAAAGGUGCCUGUGGGCAGCUGGCAGCACAAAUUCUAGUUAGAACCGGGACCUCCGUUCUGGUCUGCUGGCUGUGUCUGUCGCUGUGUGCCCUGAGGUCUAUGCACACUUGCCCUGUCACAUGCAGAUGCAACAUUACGAGCUGGGAAGUGGACUGCAGUAAUAAAGACCUCACCAGCAUCCCUGCAUUUAUUCCACCUAAUACUCAAUCUCUUUACCUGACCAACAAUAAACUCAGCUCCCUGCAAAUACAGUCCUUCUCUAAUCUAACAGCACUGAAUGUUUUGGACCUCUCCAACAACUUCUUGGACAACUUCCCUCAGACUGCGUUUUGGAGCCUUACCAAUCUGACGGAGCUUAACCUGAGUAACAACAGUAUCAGAUCUCUGGACAAAGGUCUCUUCCAGAAAACUGUAAGCUUGAAGAAACUGGAUUUAUCAACCAAUGGCCUCUCAGAGGUUCCUCUUGGCCUCUUUGAUGAGCUGGUACUCCUGACCACACUGUCGCUGAGGUCUAAUCGGCUACAAGGGCUGAACAGGGCUGCCUUUGAGUCACUGAUUGGCUUGCAGCAGCUGGACAUGGCGGAUAAUCCUUGGGAAUGUGACUGUAACCUGAGGGACUUUAAACACUGGCUCGAGUGGUUCACAUACAGAGGUGGGAAGAUUGAUGGCAUGGAAUGCACACUUCCAAAGGAUUUAAGAGGACGGGAUAUCCGGAUUGUUCCCAUUGAGAUGUUCAAUUACUGUUUGCAACUGGAGGAUGAGAAUGGGUCAGUAGUAGUACAGAGGCCAGGCCCUCCUUGUGUGAAAGACACAGAGACCCCACCAGAAACUCGUUCAGAGAUGCCAGUGGAAUGUAAUACCAGGCAGAGGUAUCGACCAGUCAGUGUGCGCCGCGCUAUUGGAACUGUCAUCAUCGCUGGGGUGGUCUGCGGUGUUGUGUGCAUUAUGAUGGUAGUUGCUGCAGCAUAUGGCUGCAUUUAUGCAUCCUUGAUGGCCAGAUAUCAUAGAGAACUUAAAAAAAGACAACCGUUGAUGGGUGAUGCAGAGGGGGAGGAGCAAAAACAGAUCUCCUCUGUGGCAUAAUUAAAAAAAAAAGCGCGAAGGACCCAGAGGACAGAGUCUUACAGAGCUCUACAGAAAAAAGUUUGCUUUAUAGUCUUCCCUUCUGCAGUCAUGUGACAGGCUUUCAAAGUACAUAAGGUCAAUGUUAAUAGAAUAUCUGAUGACAUCAUCAUCAUCUUCACAAACACUGCUGACUGCAAGAAAGAACAGUGUCCCACAUUCCCCUCUGAAGUGUGUCUGCAAAAAUAUAACUGUCUUAAAGUUCUAAUUGAAAGGUGUUAUUUUUUCAGAUGGUUCUCACCAGAAAGUUGAUAAUUGGCUUUUAAAUAUAGAACUGGAUGGAAAAAAAGCAGCGAGCUUAGGAAUUAGUACACAGUUUUCUUACUGGCUGCUGCAUUUGUCUGAACUUACUGAUACAGGAGUUAGAGGGGAGGAACAUGCCUUUUCAUGGAGAAAAGAGAGGCGGGGGAAGGGAAACCAUGAAAAGUAUUCUCCAUAUUAUAAAAUAUGGAUUUCUGCCUUUCCAUUGCUCCCUCCCCAGCUCUGUACUUUGAUGCAUGAAUCAUAACCUCUUUUUUUAAGUGACACUGGCAGCACUUUAGGCUUUAAAACCCACAUUUAAGACUUUAGACCUUAAAACCCACAUUUAUGAUUGAAUACUUGCUCUAAAAUCCAUUAGUGAUGCUAUGUGUUUAUCUGCUUUGUUUUUGAUACAGCCGAGAUGCAUUAACUAAUAAUGCUAUCUUAGCCAGCUUUGUUUUCUAGUAAACCAUGAAGAUACAUUGUCUAGUUUAAUCAUAUUCACUUUCUAAGUGUGACCUUUAAUUAUGUAAUAGUCAGCUAGCGUGUGACCUUUGAUUACGUAAUAGUCUGCUGGUAUCCUACAGCAUUAUAAGUGAUUAACUCAUAUUAGGAUUGUUUCCAGAUGCGGGAAAGUCAAAGUAAGUAAUUAUUAAGGGUAACAAGCACUAUGGUUUUGAGUAUCUUUGGUUCAGCAGACUGCACUUUUCUUCAGAGUUUGACAAUCAGAAGGUUUUGACCACUGCUGGAUUUUUUAGGUACAUUACAGUGCUGUCACAGUAGUACAGCUUAGAAGAAUGCUGUACAUCAGACGAGAUGUUAAAAGUAAGGCUUAAGGUCAGAUGGAUGUUACCUUCUGAAGAGGUGUAAGUUUGCUGACACCGUAGCUGAUUCUCUCACAGUAAUAUUCCAGAACACUCCAAAAAAGGGACCUUACCUGCCAACAAAGGUCAAAGUUCGAGAUCUAUCGGUAGUGUUAACAGAACAUGAGCAAUCAAAAAUGCACUUUUUAAAUGUGACACACAUCCUUGUCUGUGAGGGUUCACAGUCUCACCCAACCCUGGCCCAUUGCACACCUUUUAUUGGUGAUAAGGCACUCCUCAUUUCUUGGGGUCUCCAUGUACACCCUCUCCCCAUUUUACUAAUCUUCGCAGUUUACUUUUCCAAUAAUAGAAAGAAGUUUAAUCAUUUGUUUCUAUCGAAAAAUAUCGUAAUUUAUGCAUGUAGGAUACUCUGCUUUUAAUCAGUACAAAUUAAUGUGAUUCUUUUUAUUAGUUCUCGCCACUCAUUCUUUGAUCAUUACCAGGCGGCCAUUGCAUACUGCCAUUGGAUACUUUUCUUUCACUGGUGCAAGAAACUUAACUUGGUAUUCUGGAGUUAAAGCACCACUAUGCACUGGUGUCAGGUGCUUCUUUACUCUUCUGGAACCUGUUCUGUUCAUGCGUAUCCAGCCUAUCCCAGGGCUUGCUGAUCAUAGUAUAAAAAGUGGUUUGGAAUCAUGUACGUUUUCCCCCUGUGCGACCAUACCAAGUCACAUACAUAAUGUAGCUGUUGGCAGCUUGAUAGGGUGAUAUGCUUGUCUGCAUGGCUGCUCUACUAAGACUAAAUGUUUCUCCUUAGUGAUGUGCUCCUCCCCCUGCUCCUCCCCAGCUCCUCCUCCACUGCCGCCCAAUCAAGCUUAGUGAUGUGCUCCUCCCCUGUCCCCUCCUCCACUGUCGCCCCAUUGAGGAAAGGCCUGAAGUCACUGCAGAGCCCUCUCUCUUGUGUAUGCAAUUUAUUUUUGUUUGCAGUGUUCACAUCUUUCCUUUCUUUGGGAACUUAAGUGCCCAGACUGUGCAAAUAUUUUUUAAGAUAGUUCUUUCAAUUCAUAAAUGCUAUGGAAAGUGAAAAGGCAUCAAUAUUUUAUUUUGUGUUGUGUGUUGUACAGUAUUUAAUUUGUAGGAAUCAGAAGCAAAUUGUCAUUUUCUUGACAGAUUUUAGAACUGCAAUGGCCUGUUUCAGCUCCUGUCCUGCUACAGUACUUCUAAACCUGCACAGUUUGUCAUGUACCUAGAGCUAAUACUGACUACUAAAUAACUGGACACAAGCCUCCACAAAUGGAUACAGUUUUUAACAUACUUUCCCUUGGUGUUUCAUGCAACAUUGUUAAGAUAUGAAUUCUGACUGACUAAGGGGGAUUUUUGCAUAUUUCAAGACCAUAUUUCUACAGAAGUAAUAUUAAAACAUCUAAACAGACCGCUAACCCGCAUAAAGCUGAGCUUCUAUUUUCACAUGUAAGCCUAGAUAACUUCCCAAUCACAUUCUCCAUGGUGCUACAUUAUUGGAAGUUAUACUCUGUAAACCACUUUUACCAGUACUACUGAAAGAAACAAGAGCUUUCUUUGAUUCUACUUACGGCAGCCCUCAGCCCUAGCAAUAUAAGUUUGAUGUCACAGUCCUGCAGACGUCUUAGGGCUAAAACGUCAAGGUGUCCUAGAGACUGAAUAGUUUGAUAGAGGUGUUGAAUGAUGCUGAAACAAGGGAAGACUGUAAUAAUACUCCUGAUGGUGAGACGGUCAUCAUGGGAUGAGGAAGCAGGUUAUAAGUGUGGGUUUAUAGUCUUUGCCUUAGUGAGGGCAACAAGAUUUGAGAGAUCUACUAAAGGUCUUACUAAACUGUGGUACAAAAAAUGUGCUGUAGAUGCUUUUCUGUCAGUCAGGAUAAAGGAGGGCUAACCCAUAUUCUAACACAAAAUACAAGAAGAUAAAAAAAGAUGAACUUGUCUGCCUCUGUUCACAAGUGGUACUAAGGUGAUGUAGCAGUUACUUUUUCUGUCUCUCAAGGCAAUGGCCCAGGCUUCAUUCUUGGCCUUCAGGUGCUGUCUGGUAGGAAUUUGAAUGUUUUCCAUGCGAGUUUCCUGGUGGUAACCUGGUUUCCUCACAAAGCCAUACUGCGUAUGUUUGGCUUGGCUACUUUAAAACUGCACACCUAUAUUUAUAUCAUCAUAUAGACACCUCUGUACGAAGCCUUGGCUCAGUGAGAUUUUCCAGGUUAACAAAAUUAAAUAAAUAUUAUUUUACAUUUUUUUUUGCUUGCAUCCAGUUCUCAUCUGCUUGCUUCCUUCUCUCUGUCUUGUCUAUCCAUCCAUUUUCCAACAAUUCCAUGUUAUCCUUUAUAAGGUCACAUGGAUGUCAGGGCCUAAUCUGACAGGAAGUGGAUGUAAGGCUCCUGGGCAGGACACCAGUCUGUUGGAAAAGGCACACACAGACGCACAUCAUGCAUUUAAUGCCAGUUCACCUACUGCAUGUCUUUGAGAGGAAAACAGAGGACCCAGAGGCAACACACAUGAAAGAAGCAAACAGGUACAGAUUCUACCUACAUAAAGUAUCCCUGGUCAGACUCAAUCCAGAGAAUGUCUUCCUGUAAGAUCACAAUGUUACUCAUUGUCCCACUGCAUGUAGUCAAAUUAAUAUCCAUUUUUAACACAGCAAAAUGUUUCUUCCAAUUGCUCAUCUCUAUGUAUCUCUAUCUCUCUCUACCUCAAAGAAGUUUUGUGCUAGUAUUUCUUCAGUCUUGUCUGUUAUCAUUUCAUAACAUGACCAUUCAGUCUGGAGUUUUCUGUGGUGGUGCAUAAAACGGUCAUUCGCUAUGUUGUUAAUACAUUUAAGUAUGUUGAAGUCUGUAAAAUUCCUUACCUCUUUUUUGCAAUCAUUUAGAGUAUCCUUAUACAGUUAGCAUUAGUAGCUUUUUUCAACCUGUCAUAUUAUAAUUAUAUGUUUUGUGAGGUGUGCACAGUACUUCAGAUAUGGGACACUCUCUUUCCAUAUAGGAGAAAAUACCCUUCACUACUCACCCCAACAGAAUGUCCCUAGUUCUGUUGCAGUCUUUUGAUGACACUUUUACAUACUGACUCUCCACCUUUAGGUCAUCCAUUGAACCACAUCCAAGACCUGCUUUCAUGUACAAACUGUGGGUGCAGGCCCUGUCCCAGCGUGUAGUUAGAUCCCAUUGCUUUAAAUCGCAGCUGCAAAGUGCUGCAUUUCCUUGUGUCGAUUCUAAGAUGGUAGACAGUGUACUGUUUUUUACAACCUUUUAUCUUCUCAGAGAAUAUAUACUGUCUCUCUCUUACCACCCCAUUUCAUAGAUUAUCAGAGCUGCCAUUACACAGGCAGACGUUCCUCUUCUUAUAAUAUUAAUGACAAAGUUAAAAAAAUAAAUUGUGCCCAAAAAUCUGCUCUUAAGGCAAUACAUUUGCCAUGAACGUGUCCUCUUUCCUUUUAACAACUUAUUCACAAGAGCUUGUUUUCUUUCUGAUUUUAUUGUGUCUUUCUGUGAAACACUCUUUCAAACACUUAGCUGAAAUCCAUCUAUGCCGCAUUGAUUGCUUGUUACUAAAUCACUACUUGAUGUUUUAUCCUGUUGAAAAGCACUUUUUCCAAUCUCCUCAGUUUAAGUACUCUCCCAUGUAACACUCUUGUUAAAAACCUAGCUGGAAUCCAUGUAUGCUACACUGAAUGCUUAUCAAUAAAUCAGUACUUAAUAAUUUAUCUUGGUUGAAACUCGGCCUACAUGUGAGAAGUGUUCUCUUGCAGCCAAGUUAUGCAGUCUGUGGUCCAGCAAAUCAUUUAAUUUUUGAUACAUCCUUGCCAUUUCUACCACUGACUUAAUGGUGGGUAAUUAUAAAUAUUUUCUUUUGCUACCCUGUCAAAGUCUGGGCAGCUCAAGAAAGUAACUGUGAUCAUAUCAACUAUUAUCUAUCACACUUUCCUGAAAUUUCAAAAUGAUUAGCCACUUUCAUCUACAGUCUACAAUGCAAGCUGUCUUACUGAAGCCUAUGGAAAACAGCCUUUUCCAGAAAAAUGUUGUUUUGCUGAACAUGUAGAAAACACCUGUUUCAAUCUGAAAUUGCUAUAUGAACAGAAUAAUUUAUUCUUCAGUUUACAAUGAUGUCAGACAUUGGUAUUUAAGUAGCAGGCAUGUGCAGAGGCACUUGGAUACAAAACCCUAGACUUGUUUGCUGUAGAGGCAAAAACCCUGAAACUCUUAUGUGGGUGACUGCACAAUCUCCUAUUCUUUUAAACUGCUUAUUCUAAAAUGACUGCACACCAGAAGAAAGAAAAAAAGAAAGAAAGAAA